AUGUUUCUACAGGAGGAAUAUGAUAAUUUUCUGAGGAGUGAAAAAAACAAAGACAAGCUAAUAGUUAUCGACUUCUAUGCCGACUGGUGCGGUCCGUGCAGAAAAAUGAAGCCUUGUUUCAAGGUUAGUUAUUAACUAGUAUUUGAGAUUUGAACAGUCUUGUUGCCAGGCCAAUUCGCGCUAUCAUGAAUGUGAGCGGAGGAGGCUUGGAACAGAGCACAAGAGCGUGAAAAGAAAUCCCCCGACAAGCUUGACGAGCGAAGACUCCGAGCAAGACUGGGAACGAUGUUGAAAUACAGUGGAACCCCCUUGACGGUCACCAAUGGGUCAAAAAAAAUGGUCGUAUAAACGAGGGUUUUUUUUUUACAAGAAAAUGUAUGGCGGUUUUUUCAGACCGCCGAAAAGAAAGUGGUUGUAAUACCGAAGUGAACCGUAUUACCAAGGUGGCCGUAAGGCGCGGUUUCACUGUAUGAAAAUGGCUCCUGAUGAAGGCUAUCACGCUGGAUUUUAUAUCUACGCAAUUAAAUACCUUUAAUACCAUUGAACAGGUUCCCGGACGGCUUUCCCUACUGUCAUUUACAAUGUAAAUAUUGUGAAGAAUGACAUUAACAAAAUGAAACAUAGAAGGCUGUUUCAAUGCUCAAAUAUGCUAAAUCUAAAAAAAAAUAAGUUACUCAAUGACCGACAUAAGAAAUUAAUGGCAUUUGAGGUUUUUAAGGACAUAUAUGCAGGACUAUAUAUCUUUAUUGUCUUUUGCUAACUCGCGCAUGAAACUUGGUCUUGUAGGUUGUUUUGAAUUGCACAGGCGGAGUAGUAUUUUGUAGGACGAAUUUGACAAGGUUUCCUCCGCAACCUUGUAACAACCAAUAAAAGAAGCGACAGGGUCUUAAAAGCAUUCCCAUGGUGCAAUUCGACACAACAACGACCCAGUCUACCGCCUGACCGCAAAUAGACUAAUAUCUAAAAGUCUUCUGUUCAGCGGUAGUUGUAAUGAAAUUUAAUGUUUAGCUGGCUGCCAAUUCGACGGAUUGCCUUACACCUCUAAAUGUCAUGUAAUCGGAGUUAAGGCCUUUUACGCGCUUGUGCACCAUUUCAAGCGAGGGUCCGUGAAGUCAAGUGGUUGGCGGGGAUUGGAAUUUUGGAAGAGUUUGUUCCUUGUGACGUCACAAUGGAAGCCUGUAAAGUGUUAUAAUUGCCGCAUCUUUUAUUGGUAUGAAGAAUGUAAUGCGACAAACCUUUUGCAAACAGUUUGCAGUUUCUUCAUAUAUGCAACCCCGCGUUCCAUCACACAGUAAACUUAUAGUCUGGAGCUUGACAAGUACUAAGACGGAUGACUAGAAGUGUGUUUCUGUCAAAACAGUCUUUCACUCUGUUGAUCUAACAAACUUGGCCAUUGCAACGGCCUUACUAUCGUGCCCAUCAGGCAAUGGUUAUGUCUGGUGACUUUCAAGCCAAAAGUCCUCAGCCGUCUUAGUCGGCGAGUCGUAGAAAGUAAAAAAAACUCUGGAAAGAUGUAAAGUACACGUUUUUUUUGCGUGUUGCUUUAUGAAAUGUGGUUUCUGAAGCAGAUUCUCGUUUCUUACUGUGAAUAUAUAGGCACGAUUUAAGAAAGAUGAUCAGUCCCUGAUGACGUUCCAGCUUGUAAUUAAACGAGUUGUGUGAUUAUUAUUUUAUGAGGUCUAUGAAACGCUUGUUACUUCUGUCUUUGAUAAAUUUUGAUAACUUCUUUGUUGCAGAAAUGUGAGGGGAAAUAUCCCGAUGUGGUGUUUGCCAAAGUAGAUGUUGAUGACGCUGAAGUAAGUGUUGAAACCAAUAAAUAUUUAUCAGAACUUGCCUGUGCCAAACGCGGGACAAAUAGGCGCCAAACGCGGGAAACUCCCUACCGGUGUUAAGCGGCGCGGGAAACUGUCCGCAGGUUUCAAAAGCGGGAAACUGGCAUCAGGUUUCGAACGCGGGAAACUGGCCGACAUAGCCUCUAAAAUCCUUACCUGUUUUAAGACCACUAACGGCACAUGCAUAUAUGACUAAUAUAGGGGACUACCUCUCCCCCGUGCGAUUGAUAGAAAUUAAGGUAAGGCAAAUGCCGGUGAUGAUUUAUGUGAAGAGAGUCGAUAUCUUGUUUAACACAUCUGACACAAGUAUAAACACAUAAACAACAAAAAGGAACUAUUAAAUAGUUCCAGUCUAGUGCUUCUGGGCUUACAGUACUGAGUCAUGCUUGGCAGAUUGUGAUUACACAAUCUUAAGUGCAAACUGCCAUUUUGCGUCGCCUUGAUUUACAAGAAGGAAACGUUUGUGCUUAUUCUUGUGCAGGUGUUCUUGAGUUAGACAAAAAUUAUUGGAGCACUCUGACUUGAAAAAAAGGAAAAAAUGGAAAUAUUUGCUGAUGGGAUAUAAUUGGUUGGCUAUGAUAUGAAUAAUCGUUUUGAAACUUUCCCGCCCUUUAUCCACCCUCCCCUCCCCCACCCAAUUCCUUCCUAACUUGACUGGACAUGAUUAAAGGCAUAAUUUAUUCCAAAAUACCAGACCCUGAGACUGACACCUAAAUAGAUAAAAGCCGUACGAGAGGUAUUAAAGAAAAUUAUGGUUUGUGUCAUCUUAUAGGCAAUAGCAGAAGAAGAAGAGGUUGAAGUUAUGCCUACAUUCAUCUUUUUCAAGAACGGAGAAAGGGUAACUACAAUAAUAAUGAUAAUAAUGAUGAUAAUGAUAACGAUAACGAUAACGAUAACGAUAACGAUAAUGAUGGGUUAACGAUAAUGAUAGGGUUAACGAUAAUGAUAAUGAUAAUGAUAAUGAUAAUGAUAACGAUAACGAUAACGAUAAUGAUGAUGAUAAUGAUUGUGAUGAUGAUGGUGAUGGUGAUGGUGUUGUUCCAUUGAAUUUAUUUCUGCUUGUUUCUGACCAAGUCUGUUGCGAUUUAUAUCACAAUGCGUGAAGCGAAACAACGGUAAAAAUUAAAUUUACUCUCCCCAGAAGCUUUUUGCUUUUAAAGGGUUCUCUUUGCACGUAAGGAAUAUUAAACUGAAGGGAAACAAAAGAAAUCGAAAUAACUGAAAAGUAACUUUUUCUUGUUUAGGCCCUAACGCUUGCGCGUUGUGGUACUUUGAUUGGCUCAUGAGCGGAAAUAAAAAUGACACGGAAAAAUGUUUUUCGGUCAUAAAGAAAUGUCAGAAAAACUGUUUUUUAAAAUUUCUUUUGACUUUUUGCUCAGUAUAAUAAUUACAGAUCGUCAUAUUCACUAAAUCUUGCUGUUGUUCUUUUUACAGCUACAUAAAUUCUGCGGAUCCGACGAAAAGGAGUUAGAGGAAAAAAUAAAAGAACUCAAGUAG